AUGCCCGUGGUCCCAACUGCCGGCACCUGGCCAGUUCUGCUCCUGCUGGCUGUCCAGGUUGGCGUGGCCUCCAGCUCUUCCCAGCCUUGGCGCUGUGCGCCCUGCUCCGCGGAGAAGCUGGCGCUUUGCCCGCUGGUGCCCGCUUCAUGCCGGGAGCUCUCCAAACCCGCUGGUUGCGGCUGCUGCCCGAUGUGCGCCCUUCCGCUGGGCGCCGCCUGCGGUGUGGCCACUGCGCGCUGCGCCCAAGGACUCAGCUGCCGCGCGCUGCCCGGCGAGCCUCGGCCACUGCAUGCGCUCACCCGCGGCCAGGGCGCUUGCGUGCCUGAGCCUGCAGCUCCCGCCGCCGAGGCCAUGUCCAUCACAGAGAGCGAAGAGGUUAAAGCCCCUCUGACCUCUGAGAACAAGUCCCCAGAGAGCACAGAGAUGACUGAGGAGGAGCUGCUGGAGACAUUUCACUUGAUGGCCUCCUCCAGGGAGGACCAGCCCAUCCUCUGGAAUGCCAUUAGUAUUUACAAAAGUAUGAGGACCCAGGAUGAUGCCAAGCUCAAGAAGCCCUGCCAACGAGAACUAUACAAAGUGCUGGAUAGAUUGGCUGAGGCCCAACAGAAGGGAGGAGAGGAAAUCUACAAAUUUUAUCUGCCAAACUGCAACAAGAAUGGAUUUUAUCACAGCAAACAGUGUGAGACAUCCUUGGAUGGAGAGGCAGGACUUUGUUGGUGUGUCUACCCUUGGAGCGGGAAGAGGAUCCUGGGGUCUCUGAAGAUCAGAGGGAAUCCCAACUGCUCCCAGUAUUUUAAUUUACGUGACUGA